GCAGCGGCCGGGCUGGUUGCAGUCGGGCAGGUGGAAGAGGCGAGGCCGGGGCUGGAUCUGCCCGGGGGCGAGGGCGCCCCGGGAGCUGCUUGGAGCGGGGAGCCCGGCUGCAGGCCCCCCCCUGCCUUUGCACCCGCAGGGUGUGUGGGGCGGAUGCUGCAUUAAAGCCGCCCCAGCCGUCGGGGGCCAGGAGCUGGGGGGAGCCCCCAAGGGCGGGGUGUCCGGGGGGAGCCCCCAAGGGCGGGGGGUCCUGGGCUCGCCCCCCGGGUGCGAUGAGGGGCGCCCGGGGGCUGCCCCCCUGCUGAGCCCGGGAGGGUCCCCGCUGGGGGUUCGCUCGGCCCUGCCGCGUACGGGAUGGAGGGGCCGGGCUGCGGCGAGCCGAUGCCCCCCGACCUGAAGGAGCUGGAGAGCAAGGUGGGGCGGCGGGCCCCCGAGGGGCUGGUGCGCUGGCUCCGGGAGGACCCGGCCGCCGCGCUGCUCCGGGAGAGCCCGGCCCGGGGGCAGCGCCGGGGGCUGGCCGGGAAGAUCAAGGCACUGAAGCUGGAACUGGCCUAUCUGCGAGCCAUUGACGUCAAGAUCCUGCAGCAGCUGGUGGUGGUGAAUGAGGGCAUCGAGGCCGUGAAGUGGCUCCUGGAGGAGAAGGGGACCCUGACCAGCCACUGCAGCAGCUUGGCCAGCAGCCAGUACAGCUUGGUGGAGAGCCAGGAGACCUCGCGCCGGGGCAGCUGGACCAGCCUGCAGGACCCCAGUGAGAAGCUGGACAGCAUCUCCGUCGGCAGCUACCUGGACACGCUGGCUGACGAGAUGGACGAGUACUGCCAUGGUGCCAUGGAGCCCAUCCUGGCCUCCACGCCGGGCAGACCGGGCAUCCCGCCGGCCGGGCUGGAGCAGGACUGGUCCAGGAGCGACCCAGACAGGGGUCUGCCCAGUAAGCCAGGCAGCCCACAGGACAAAUGCAAAGCGGACCAGGAGUGGCUCCGGAUGGACCAUUCCUCGGCCCGGCCUACCCAGGAGCAGAGCACCAGGGACCCAGCCAGAGCAGCGAAGCAGCCCACUGGCCCUCAGCAGCCCCAGGUGGCCAACGGCUUCUUGGGCAGACAGGCUCCUGGUUUGGAAGCCAGUAAAGAGGCCCCGGGGGAGAGGCUGAGCAAGGGCAGCCCGGCCCGGCCGGCCUGGAGGAACGGCCAAGUCGACUUUGAGCCCUGCAAGCUCAACGGCAAACUCCACCUGGAGUACGACGCCCACUGGCGCUGGGUGCAGUCGCAGGACGACGUGACAUUCUUGUAGCCCCUGGAACCCAGCUUGCGAGGGGCUGCAUGGAAUCGCCCGCCCGCCCAAUCCUCGCCCCGAUGAGCACUCGGCGUACGGAGCGGGAGACCAAACUGGCUGCAUUGGGCUUCCUUGAGAUUCCCCACGAGCAUCGGUGGGAACAGCCUGCGGAGUGCUCCACGCCGUCCCCUUUGCAAUGUCACUUUUCCCUCGGGGUCGGCGUGGGACCUGCGCGAUGCCGGCCAGUGGCGCUGCACAGCAGGAAGCUAGACUUAUCCUGAAUAGCGAGGGCUCGGAGAGGGGUGAUCACACUAGGGACGUAACAGGAGGAGCAAGGCUGCACCUCCCAUAAAGGCACUUCGGGCUCCCCCCCCCUUUUAUUAGUGCAGAUGCUAGCGCAGGAUAGAGAGCACUUCUCCGCUGGUUCGAUCCUGCAGUCAGCCGUCACCCUGGGUUCAAGGAGGGGAGGGUGGUGGAGUGAUUAGAGCACGAGUCUAUUCCUGGCUUAGCCCCUUAACUUUGCCAUGCCUCAGUUUACCCUUCUGCAAAAUGGGGCCGAUACGCUACCUACCUGGCCGGAGAAGGCACUUUUUGACGUGCCAGUGGUGCCGCACAGGAGGCAGACAGAGACCCGGCCCUGGGAGCAUGGAGGCCCGACUGAACAGAGCCUGUUGGAGUGGGGCGUGUUAGCACUUGGGGCAUCGCAGCCUUUGCCACGGAUGGGCUGGGAUGUCGCUGGAGGAUCGGGCCAGGACAGCAGAGUGGGUGUAGAGAGCGAGCCCCUUGUUUCACCAACGCACCCGGGUUGUUUCUAGAGCCUCUACACUUUCCUUUUCUACGCCUGCUGCCCCACCCUGCUCCUAUCCUCACCCCCCCACUCCCACCCCUCAAAACCAGGUGAGAGGGCUGGGGUGGCCUCCAGGGCCCCUAAAAGCCCCAGUUGCAGUCAGGUGGGGAUUGCCCCGGGGGCAGGCGCUGUGGAGAACAACCGUAGGGCUCUGCUGUGAGCCCUGGAGCAGGGGGCAGGCUGGGUGUGGGGCUCAGGGUGGAGUUUGGGGGUGGAUUCUAGGCAGUGCUGCAGACCAUGGGACAGCCUGGGGAGGCUGCUGUAACUUAGACCGGCCCCCAGGGUGGCCUAUGUUAUAGGGGCCCUAGACCAGUCCAGGAUACUAAUGCAGCCCGGCACGUGGGGCUGCAUUAGUAGGAGCAUUGCCAGCAGAUCGAGGGAAGUGAUUAUUCCCCUCUAUUCGGCACUGGUGAGGCCAUAUCUGGAGUAUUGCGUCCAGUUUUGGUCCCCACACUACAGAAGGGAUGUGGACAAAUUGGAGAAAGUCCAGAGGAGGGCAACGAAAAUGAUUGAGGGGCUGGGACGCAUGACUUACGAGGAGGUGACACUAAACUGGGAGGAGUGGUAGAUAUGCUGGAGGGUAGGGAUAGGAUACAGAGGGACCUAGACAAAUUGGAGGAUUGGGACAAAAGAAAUCUGAUGAGGUUCAACAAGGACAAGGGCUGAGUCCUGCACUUAGGAUGGAAGAAUCCCAUGCACUGCUACAGAUUAGGGACCGAGCGGCUAAACGGCAGUUCUGCAGAAAAGGACCUAGGGGUUACAGUGGACGAGAAGCUGGAUAUGAGUCGACAGUGUGCCCUUGUUGCCAAGAAGGCCAACGACAUUUUGGGCUGUAUAAGUAGGGGCAUUGCCAGCAGAUAGAGGAACGUGAUCGUUCCCCUCUAUUCGACAUUGGUGAGGCCUCAUCUGGAAUACUGUGUCCAGUUUUGGGCCCCACACUACAAGAAGGAUGUGGAAAAAUUGGAAAGAGUCCAGCGAAGGGCAACAAAAAUGAUUAGGGGGCUGGAGCACAUGACUUAUGAGGAGAGGCUGAGGGAACUGGGAUUGUUUAGUCUGCAGAAGAGAAGAAUGAGGGGGGAUUUGAUAGCAGCCUUCAGCUACCUGAAGGGGGGUUCCAAAGAGGACGGAGCUCGGCUGUUCUUAGUGGUGGCAGAUGACAGAACAAGGAGCAAUGGUCUCAAGUUGCAGUGGCGGAGGUCUAGGUUGGAUAUUAGGAAACACUGUUUCACUAGGAGGGUGGUGAAGGUGAAGCACUGGAAUGGGUUCCCUAGGGAGGUGGUGGAAUCUCCUUCCUUGGAGGUUUUUAAGGCCCGGCUUGACAAAGCCCUGGCUGGGAUGAUUUAGUUGGGGAUUGGUCCUGCUUUGAGCAGGGGGUUGGACUAGCUGACCUCCUGAGGUCCCUUUCAAUCCUGAUAUUCUAUGAUCGGGGUGCAAAGGUUGCUCUAAAGUCUCCAAAACACCCCUCUGAGCAGCAGGUUCUGGGCAGCACCCCUUGGCAGAGCACAGAAUUCCCCCCAGUGCGUAUCGGCUCAGAUCAAAUUUGUAACUGCCCAGCCCCCAGCCUUGCCCGGGGAUCUGUACGUCCAGCUUCCCCUCCCCUCCAGUCUGGCUGGCUCAGUCGAGUUGUACUGCAGACCUAAGCAGGUGCGAUUAAGGUGUUUGCCCUGGUACACCUGGAGGUAAAGACUGGACCUUAGUGAGAUGAUGUGUGAGCCGGAAUGGAAUCCAGCUCGUUCUUCCCGAGCCGGGGUGGGUUUAUUCCAGGGCUGAAAGCAGAAAAGUGAUUAAAACUUUGUUGUCAUUAAAAUCAAUCAGGGCGAAUCUGAAGCCAUCCAAGGAGCUGCCUUGCACCAUUUUUUACGUGGGCACUUUUCAUCGGAAUUGCAUUUAAAACCCGUUCUCUUUACGCUCCCAAACGCCUCUCCGUGUUGGGUAGAAGUUGAGCCUGGACACUGGCUGGCCUACAGCUUUCCAUGCCAUCUUGAGAUGCAAACCUGCCCCUACCGUAACCCGGGGGUGGAGAACCAGGAGUUGGGGGCCUGGCAGCCCAUCACCUGCGAGGCAAAUGGGAAGACAGGAGCCCGUCUAACGCCCCUUGUGACUGUUUCAAGCCCAGCCCAACCGUUGCAGCUCCCCUCUGGUGCAGACGGGCGCUGAACACCAAAUCAGUCGGCGAGGCAGAAAGACCCUCUGCCCAGGUGUAUCCGCUCUUUGUCCUUCUCUUUCUGUGCUGAGCGUGGCUUGGCUGGGGAGGUUCAUCCCAACGGUCUGAAUUGCAGUCCAGAAGAACCCCGCAGGCCUGAUUCCCUUUCCCUGAUGCUGCUGCAAAUCCAGAGCACUUCCACGGGAGUCAGUGUAAACACAAGUGUGCUGGAACUGGUUUGAAGUGGUUUCCAUGAUAGACGGGGUUGACAAAUUGUGCCAGCCCCCCCUGCAAGCGUAAGGGACAGGGGACUCCCAGCAGUGUACAUUUCAGCACCUGGAGCAAAAGCAGAAGCGGGUUCCAAAGUAGCAUUUUCCCUUCCUUGGCCCGUGUAAGGGCCGUGGGAUUGAUGAACGCCCUCGAGACCUGCUUAUGCUCAGCCCGUGGACCUGAGAGCAAUGGCUGCCUGCUGUCCUCAUGCCCCAGAAGCAGAUAAAGGGGCAGUGCCCGUAUUGCACCCGGACUGCCAGGUUCCUAAGGUGCUCAGCCCGGGAUGGUACCACCUGAUGACUGGGAAUUCUCACUCCUCUUCCAUUGAGCUCUACAGGAUUUAGUGGCUGCGCCUUGGAUAUCGCUCUUAACAUUCAUUCUCUACCGAGCCCUGACUUUCAGUUGUGGUGGUUUGGGGGGUUUUUUUGUGUGUGGUUAAAAAAAUGCAUCUUCCCCGUGCAGCUGAUCCGCAUCUCGCUUAUUUCCCCACAGCAGCAAGGCUGGAGCCCCAGGGCUAGAUCGUACGUUGUCUGGCCAAAAGCAGAACAAAACUGAAAUUCACCGGAGAGGGAUGGGCAACCGAAAGGCCGCCUUGGUCUCGAGAAACCACAGUGAGAAAACCCGGCAGUCCUGAAGCCUUCUGUAUCGCCUGCCCGGGACCAGCGCUGCGGCAGAGAAAAGCCUGACUCCAUAAUGAAUCAUCCCAAGAGGCUGAUGCCUGUCUCUGCCCUUCCCAGCCUCUCCUGGUUCGCUGCCGUCCCCAAACGUCCCAUGUACACGCAGCUACCUUCAUGUCCCGUAUAACCAGCUAAGCACCCGACAGCAGUGGCUGCCUGUUACCGGGGAAGGGGGCACCCUGCUUUAUUUAUCGAUGUUGUGCCAACUAACCCUUCCUUUGUCAUGUUGCGUGUCAGCACACGGGCAACUCUGCUCUGCAGGCUGGGUAACUAACCGGUACCCCGGGGGAGGGAGGAAACACAGGUCAGGAUGCGCUCCUGGAGCAGGGUUGGCCGAUGCUGUUAAUAAAACCACUGUCAAUGUGACUAGCCUGCUUAAUAAACAAUAACCCUUCUAAAACAGACACAAAACCUGGCAUGCUUUUCUUCGUCCCCUCCCGCAGCAGCCCGGUUACAGAUGGCAUAGCAGCAGGGACAGACCGUUGUUGCAUCAUUCUGUUGUCUGCAUCCAGACAUGAUAUGCACCCUCCCUUAGCUAUGCUACUGUCUAGGUAUUUGCACCAUGCUCGUCACCAUAAUGACAGAGUAGAACAGUAACAACCACUGGCCAAGUAUCAGAGGGGUAGCCGUGUUAGUCUGAAUCUGUAAAAAGCAACAGAGGGUCCUGUGGCACCUUUGAGACUAACAGAAGUAUUGGGAGCAUAAGCUUUCGUGGGUAAGAACCUCACUUCUUCAGAUGCAAGUCAGAUGCAACCACUCGCCGUAACUUUUCCUUUCACUCUGCGUUCUGACAUGCAAGUCUAGCUGGGUCCAGACUGGUAGCAAUGUGUGGAUCAGUUUACAGGGGGGGGAGCCUCUGGUUUUGGGGGAACUCCCAUUUGCCCCUAAGUAACCAGGAAACAUACAUGAUCGUUGACUGGAGUCGAUCUAGGUGGAAGGGAUUCCGGCCGUUUCUAGUCGAAACGGUGAAUGGAAAUUCCAGUUUGCAAUAGAUGCUGAGAUUUUCAAAUCUGGCUUCGCUCCAGUUCAACCUCCAACAUUUGGAAAUUCUUGGCAAAGGAAACAUCUGAAAAAAGCUAUUUUGGGAUAGGUCAGACAGUUUUGUUUUUGACACAAUGAAAACAUUUUGUUUCAAUUUACAACUUUGGGAAGUGUUAUAGUAGAACAUAUAGCACCAA